ACAAAAUAUAAUGUACAACAUUUCUAACUUCUUCUUUAGUUAGGCUUUAGUUCUCCUUUAAAAUCUAAUUGCUGCUGUGUGGAUUAAAGGAGUGAAUGGGGCCCUCCAUACAACAUAUUUCCUAAGCAGAAACCUUAUGUAUUUGAUCUCAUGGACCCAGAAAAGGCCACAACCCCUGCAGUAACGCCCCUGAUACACAUGUAGGGCAGAGUACGGGCCAACAAGGUGGACGCAACAGAAGUGAAUCAUUCAUUGGCCGCCCAAGUUUCCAUUGAGUUGUGUUUGAAGAGACUUUGCAUGGAGCGAGAGGGAAGCAGGUGCAGGAGAGGAGUCGGUGGUGCAUGUCCCCUGCUUGUUUAUUAAAUCAUUAGGAUUCAUUUGCAUCUGUAAUUACUGCCAUUAGUUCAGGGCCAGGAUAUGCUUUUCCCCUGUAUUGCCUCCCCGGGGGUGAAUUGUAGAGGAUCUCAUUCUAACAAACUGUGCUGAUGCACCUGGACCAGCGACCAGGAGUCUGUGUAUUGGACAAGCAUGAAGGUCUCGUUUGUGGGCAUAAUCUUCUGCCUGGGGAUACUCAGAUCAAGUUUCUGCUCCUGGAGCUAUAACCACUGGAAGGCCAAGAGCAGCCAUGAAGAGGAGGAGAACGAUUUUGAAGAUAAAAGAGUCAGACGACAGGCAUCCAGCCAGCCCAUGUACGAGUAUGUACUGUACACGCAUCUCCUUAUUCAGGGAUUCUCCAUUGCCGAAGCAGAAAGCCAUUUGUUGAACUCAACGAUGAUGCCCUAUAAAAUAUCCCUCAAUGAUACCAAGUCUGUGAACAUUGAGAACCUACAGAUCACUACAGAGUGCAACAUUACAAAUAUCGGAAGGUCCUGUGUGUGCAAAGCUGGAUUCCAAUGGAACAUUACAACCUGUUACAUGUAUCCAACAUGUGCCGGUUAUCCUUUCUGUUCCUGCCUAAUAGUGGCAAAUCGCAGUGUUCCAUUUUGUGAGUUGCCAUGUGAACCUCGUAACUCUACAGUUGCUCUUUAUGGAAUAUUUACACUUAAUCAAAAAUAUACAAGUUACCUGCAAGACUCCAGCACCUCAGCAUAUCAGACACUAGAAAAUAAUAUUACUACAGCUCUCGUAUUUGCCUAUUCAGGAAUAUGUUCCCCUUUGAACGUGUCUAUAUCUGGAUUCAGCAAUGCAGGCGGCAUAACUGCAUAUUACCAGAUGUUGUUGGGAGGUCCAGUAACCACAAGCAACCUCACGGCAAGUGGCACGACGGCAGUUCAGCUUCUUCAAAAUGCGAUUAAUUCCACCGUUACUGUAGCAGGAGUGUCUUCCAUUGAACCCCAGCAACUCAGAGUGAACGUGUGGAGUCCAAUUUUGCUGACAUGUACAAUAAAUGAAACAAUGGAUGCAGUGAAUUGGACUUUGAUAACAAAUAGCAGCAGGGAUAUGAUUUUCAGUGCUGGAGGAAAUGUACUUAUCUCAACAUCGUAUUCUCCAGGCAUGACUACCUCAACUCUCUCAAUCGCCAGAGCAGAUCAGUGGUCGAUCGGAACAUAUCUCUGCCAGUUUUCCCGGGAAGGUCUACUUUAUAAUGCUACUGCCCAAGUUAAUGUUUCCUUGCUCCCAUCUGAGAUCAUCCUCAACCCAGUCCAAUUAAGUUUCCGUUCCUCUGCUGGAAAUAGUGUACAACUGCAAUGCUGUGCUAAAAUUGAUGGGGAAGUCUACGGAGUAACAUGGACAUACAAUGGAACAACAGUAAAUGCAUCUCCUGCAGGUACACAGACCGAUUUACAGUGUUACACGUUGAAUGCAGGCGUUCCCUCUACAGACACCAAUUACAACUGCACAUUUAGCAACAGCGACGGACAAACAAAAUCGGCCAUUAUUCCCGUCACCAUAAUAAAAGACGCAGAACAAUUUUGCCCGCAAACGAACACAAGCGAUGGCAUUAUUUGGGGUAUAACAAGAGCUGGGUUACAGGCCACUGUCUACUGUGCCCCUGGAAAAUCAGGAACGCAGACAAGAAACUGUUCUGCUAAUGGAGAGUGGAUGGAGGUGCAAGAUAACUGCAUUAGUCUGAUUCUCUGGGAAGCACUGAAUGAUGCCCAGGCAUUAGAAAAUGGCCUUGGAAACCUGCAAGAAAAGGUACCGGCAAUACUGACUACCAUAUCUGACCCUUCAGCAGUAUCAGUUAACAAUCCUGCGGGAGUGACCGGCCUGGUGUCCAUACUGGGAAUCAUCUCAAAUGUUUCUGCAAACAUGGACAUGGCGUUUGGUGCCAGUGUUGUAACUGACUUCCUGGCAGUUGCAAGCAACCUCUCAGAUCCCAGCUUGUCAUCACUAUGGAAGACCAGUAGAAGCCCUGCUGCUUCCAAUAUGAUGAAGUCAGUGGAGCAGUUUAGCACUCUGCUUAAGGCAGACAGCCAUACAUUUGACAUUCCUCUACAGAAUAUCCAGCUGAAGGGAAGCUCCUAUGGAAACAUGAGCAUUAUUGAUGACUAUGCAAAGACAUUCGAUGGUGUCCAUGGAGUAAGCACAUUCAUAAAUAAAGAGACAAUCGCCGCCAUGUUGGCUACAGAUAACUUCACUGUUACUAGUCUGGUGUUCAACACCAUUGGAGAUCUGUUGCCCAACAGCACCACGGGAGAAUUUAAAGGCACUCAGUUAAAUAGUGUCAUUCAGUCUACUUCAAUAAAAUCAGCAGGCUCUACCAAUUUGUCUGGUGAAAUUCAUAUGAACUUUACUACUAACUUCUCAGGCAGUAAUUAUGGGCAACACUGUGCCUUUUGGGACUUCUCCCAACCUAGUGCUGGUGGUGGGUGGUCAGACCAGGGAUGCACAACCAACGUUAAGGACAAUAUGACAAUCUGCACAUGCAAUCACUUGACCUCCUUUGCCGUGCUGAUGUCCAUUAAUGCUGAACCCUUGUUUUUAAUUGAUGAGCUCACGUAUGCUGGCCUGACGGCUUCCAUACUAUCUCUGUGUGUGUGUAUCAUUACAGAAUGCUUAGUGUGGAAGUCUGUUGUUAGAAACAACAUCUCUUAUUUUCGACACAUCUCUUUAUUCAACAUUGCGGUUUCCUUGUUGUUUGCCGACAUUUUUUUCUUCUCUGCCACUUUCCCAUCAGUGAAAAACUACAAGUUCAUCUGCCUUGCGAUAACUUUCCUGAAUCACUUCUUCUACCUGGCUCUUUUUUUCUGGACUUUUUGCCAGAGUGUGAUGCUUCUCCAUCAGCUUCUGUUUGUUUUCCACCACCUUCGAAAGAAAAUAUUUGUUUCACUUUCGCUUUUUGUGGGGUAUUUUAUCCCUGCCUUAAUAGCCACCGGCACCUUUUUAUAUUUCUACCCUAAACAAACUUACCUUCACCAAAGUGUGUGCUGGCUGAAUCCUGAAAGUGGACCCAUUUAUACAUUCGCCAUUCCUGCUGGAUCUAUCAUUAUGUUUAAUUUCAUGACCUUGAUGGUGGUAAUAUCCAAGUUAUCUCGACCUUCUGUGUCAGAAGCACAGCGUCCAGAAGAAAAAGAAACGGCCAAAAGCAUCAUGAAGGCAGUGCUGGUGUUGACACCUGUCUUCGGUUUAACUUGGAGCUUUGGAUUUGCUUUACUCAAGGACCUUGAUUCUAUAACCAGGCAGAUUUUCACCUACGGAUUUGCUGGACUGAAUGCUUUUCAGGGCUUCUUUAUCUUUAUAACAUGCCUCACAGAAAAAAAAGUGCGGGAGGCUCUGACCAAUAAGGUUUCUUCACGUCCCACGUCAUCGACAAUGUCAUCAAUGUCUAAAUCUGAAAUUCCAACAAAAAUAUGCACAGUAUCCACCAUCAGUAAAGACAAGUAAAGGCGUGUGUUUGGUCACAUUCUAUCCAGCUCUGAAACUCCAUCAAGCAACCACGAGUAUAUCCGAAAUACUGUAUACCCUCACUAUACUAUACACUAUAUGAUAUACCCUAUAUUUUUUUUAAUAAAGAAAUGUUUUUGAAUUAUAUUCUAUUAGAUAAGACAAGGAAAUAACAAUUUAGACCAGAGAUGGACAAUCUUGGUCUCAGCAGAUGUUGUUCAACAAAAACUUCCAGUGAUAGUAGCUAAAUCUGACUGACGUCUAGAGACCUGAAACCCAACACUGCUCUAGAUUAUAUUACUACAGGUAUGGGAUCCAUUUAUCCAAAGUAUUUCCUUUUUCUCUGUAAUAAUAAAACAGUAGAUUGUACUUCAUCCCAACUAAGAGAUAUAAUUAAUCCUUAUUAGAAGCAAAACCAG